AUGACAGAACCACCUUCCAUCCGCUGGGGAAUUAUCACCACGGGCCUCAUCUCAUCCUGGUUCGUCGAAGACCUAGUGCUAGCCCGGGAAAACCCCAAAGUCAAGCAUAUCGUACAAGCCAUCGGGUCCUCGGCGCUCGAAAAAGGCCAACGCUUCGCAGCCAAGCACUGCCCGCAAAGCACACCGACCAUCUACGCGUCGUACGAAGAGGUGUACAAUGACCCUGCCGUAGACGUUGUGUACAUCGGGACGCCGCACUCAUUCCACAAAAAGAACUGCCUGGACGCCAUCCGCGCGGGCAAGCCCAUCCUCUGCGAGAAGGCCUUCACGCUGAACGCCGCCGAAGCGCGGGAAGUGUUCGCCGCCGCUGCAGAGAAGAAUGUAUACGUGCACGAGGCCAUGUGGCUGCGCCACCGCCCGCUGGUGCACGAGCUGCGUAGACUGCUGCAUGAGGAGAAGGUGGUCGGGGACAUCUUCCGGACCGUGGUCGACUUCGCCCUCGAUGUCGAUAUCCCCGCGCUGCCCCCGACGUCGCGGUACAGGGAUCCGGCGCUGGGCGCGGGCUCGCUCCUGGAUUUGGGUGUUUAUUCCCUCACGUGGGCUAUCCUGACCCUCGAUCCGGGGUCGCCGGGGAAGUCGGAGCUGCCGCAUGUUUUGGCGACCCAGACGCAUCGCCAUGGCGUUGAGGUUACGACUGCUGUGCUGUUGAGGUAUCUCUCGUCGGGGAGACAGGGUAUUGUUAGCUCGACCACGAUGAUGCCCGGGGACCCGGUUCAUAUUGCCCGGAUUCAGGGGUCGAAGGGGUAUGUUGAUGUUGAGGGGCCGGCGGCUUCUAUGCCUCUUUCGUUUACGGUUUAUGAGAAGGGUGCGGUGGGGGAAGGCAAGAAGUAUGAGUUUCCGCGGAUUGGACGUGGGUAUAUCUACGAGGCGGAUAAUACUGCUUUGGAUGUACUAGCAGGCAGGAAACAGAAUGAGUACAUGCCGUGGUCAGAGACUCUCCGUGUUAUGGAAAUUAUGGAUGAGAUUCGUCGACAGGGAGGUACGAGAUAUCCUGUCGAUGUAUGA